AUGAGCCCAGGCACCAUGACGUCUCGUGAAGUUUUUCUGUUGCAUCUCAACGAUGAUGGCUCGCCCGAUGUCGCCGGCGAAUACAUCUACCUCGCCCCCAAAUCCAAGGACCCUGUCACUGUCCGGUUCGUGAUUGAGGGUGCCUCCUCCAUCUGCCGCCAUGGCAGCCUCUGGGUCAACAUCCCUGACAAGGGCCAGGAAUUCCGCCGCGACAAGUUUCGCGAGUUUCCCUUGAAACCCGACUUUAAUCGCCCCAUUGAAAUAUCCGUUCCUAUCUACGAAGCUGGCGCUUUUGCUUUCUACACCACCUACGCCGAGCUACCUGACCUACAACCGACCCUAGAUGCUAACCCAAAGCAAUCGCUGAAGCAGACUUCGACCUACUACAUUGAUGUUGCUCCUCGUCUUACUCUGGAUGGCCGCGCUCUGCCGCUCCCGGCGCUCUCCGUUUUUUCCAUUAUUAGCAAAUUCAUGGGUCGCUAUCCCCAGGACUGGGAGGCCCAUCUUAGUGGAAUCAGUGCAAGGGGCUACAACAUGGUUCAUUUUACACCUCUGCAAGUUCGCGGUGAAUCAAACUCGCCCUACAGUCUCUAUGACCAGCUAGGCUGGGACCCGACCUGUUUCCCCAACGGCGAGUCAGACGUGAAGCGCAUGAUCGACAGCUUGGAGAAGAAGCACUCGCUGCUGAGCUUGACCGAUAUUGUUCUCAACCACACCGCCAGCAACACACAAUGGCUGCAGCAACACCCUGAUGCUGGCUACAAUCUUUCUACUGCUCCUUGGCUUCAGUCUGCCUACGAGCUCGAUACCAAGCUCCUGGAGCUAAGCGACAAGCUCGAAGAGCUCGGACUACCGACGGACCCCAAAUCUGGAGAUGACGUCUUGAAAAUCAUGGAAGCUGUAAAGGACAAGGUCCUUGCAGAGUUGCGCCUUUGGGAAUACUAUGCGCUGGCUGUUGAUACCAACGCCGACGCCAUUGUGCAAGCUUGGAUGGAUGGAGAGACCUUUGCCCCUCCUAGAGAAGAGGACCAAUCAUUCUCCCUUAAAGGACUCGAAGAGCAAAAGAUCGGCGACCAAGCUGCAUUCAUCAAGACAUUCGGUCUCCAGGGCCUUGAUCGCUUGGGCGAGCGAUUUAGGCGCACUGUCGACCCCGCAGUUGGCGCAACUGUCUUAUCUUUUGCUCUUGGAAGUUACCAAAACGAUGGGCACUCCGCAAGCAAGGGCGGGGCUAGAACGAAAGUGACACAGAUUUUGGAUACUCUGAAUGUCCCGUUCUACGAGGAGUAUGAUACCGAUAUAAAGGAGGCCUUGGAGCAGCUGUUUAACCGGAUCAAAUAUGUGCGUCUGGAUGACCACGGGCCGAAGCUUGGCCCAAUCAACAAAGAAAACCCCUUGAUCGAAAGCUACUUUACGCGCCUGCCCAAAACGGAAGCAACUUCCAAGCUCAAGCCUGAGGAAAAGGCCCUGGUCAACAAUGGCUGGGUUUGGGGCGGCAAUGCGCUGGUCGACCAUGCCGGCCCUGAGUCAAAGGUUUACCUUCGCCGCGAGGUUAUUGUUUGGGGUGAUUGUGUGAAGCUUCGUUAUGGCUCCAAGCCAGAGGACAGCCCCUGGCUAUGGGAGCACAUGACCAAAUACGCUCGUCUGCUUGCCAAGUACUUCGUCGGCCUGCGCAUCGACAACUGCCAUUCAACUCCCAUUCACGUCGCCGAGCACAUUCUUGACGAGGCCAGGAGAGUGAGGCCAGACUUGUAUGUUGUUGCGGAGCUGUUUUCCGGCUCCGAAGAGACAGACUACAUCUUCGUCAAGCGUCUUGGUCUCAGUUCCCUCAUUCGUGAGGCUAUGCAAGCAUGGAGCACUGCAGAGUUGAGUCGACUGGUGCACAGACACGGCGGCAGACCUAUUGGCAGCUUCGAGGUCGACGAGGUUUCUACCACGGAUACAACCAGCGGCAAAAGCAACAUGUCACGGGAAAUCAUCAAACAAAUCAGACCUACACCAGUGCAUGCCCUUUUCAUGGACUGCACACACGAUAACGAGACCCCAGCACAGAAACGAGAUGCCCGUGAUACUCUCUCCAAUGCCGCCCUCGUCAGCAUGUGCUCAAGCGCCACUGGCAGCGUCAUGGGCUACGACGAAAUCUACCCCAAGCUCGUAGACCUCGUCAAUGAGACUCGCCUCUACAUGUCGGAGUCAUCACGAUCUCCACCGGAGGGCACAACCGGCAAUAAUGGCAUUGGUGGCGUCAAGAAGCUGCUCAACCAGAUUCACACUUUGAUGGGCAAGGACUCGUACGAUGAAACCCACAUUCACCAUGAAGACCAGUAUAUCACGGUACACAGAGUUCACCCGGAAUCAAGAAAGGGAUACUUCCUCAUUGCACAUACGGCUUUCCCUGGUUAUGGGAAUGGCCGAGGAUCCAUUGCUCCGGUUGAGCUCAACGGGACCAAGGUGCAGCACCUGGGCAGCUGGAUGCUUGAGGUUGAUGCAAGCGAAGACGCCACGACCAAGGCAGCCGGCGAUGAAAAAUAUCUUCGCGGCCUGCCCAGCAAGGUGGUUGGUAUCACUGGCGUUGAUGUUGAGCAGAAAGGAGAUGAUGCCAUCAUUACAGUUCGGGAAAAGUUUCCCCCAGGAAGUAUUGCGCUGUUUGAAACGUGGAUACCAGCGGCCGAGCAUUCAGCCGGUCUCGAUACCUACGUCACAUCUGGCGCCGAUGAGGUCUGGAAGGAUCUUAACCUUAUUGACCUCAACUUCCUAAUGUACCGCUGUGAGGCAGAGGAAAGAGAUGCUACUGAUGGUGCAGAUGGCGUAUAUGAUAUCCCUGGCCAUGGCAAACUUGUCUACGCCGGUCUUCAAGGCUGGUGGAGCAUCCUAAAGGACAUCAUUCACAACAAUGACUUGGCCCAUCCCCUUUGCCAGAAUCUCCGAGACGGUUCCUGGGCUCUCGAUUUCUUUCGAGGAAGAAUCGAGCGACAAAGCAAAAUCGCCGGCCAAGAGAGACUUGCUGCGCCCGCAAAGUGGCUCAAGGACAGAUUCGAUGCAAUCAAAGCCAUCCCCAGCUUUUUGCUGCCUCGCUAUUUUGCACUGGUCAUGAGAACCGCAUAUCACGCUAGCUGGAAUAAGUCACUUGCACUCAUGUCGCCCAGCAUCGAAAAGAGCCAAUGGUUUCUCCAGAGCCUGGCCAUGGUCAGCGUUCAGCAAACUGGACUCGUCAAGUCUGCCUCGCUCUGGCCAGAGAAGAAAGUCCCAUCCAUUGCCGCUGGUUUACCGCAUUUUGCGGUUGAGUGGGCAAGAUGCUGGGGACGUGAUGUGUUCAUCGCUAUUCGCGGCCUUUACCUCGGAACUAAGCGCUUUGACGAAGCUAAAGAGCACAUCCUUGCCUUUGCUAGCGUUUUGAAGCAUGGAAUGAUUCCUAAUCUGCUCAGCAGCGGAGAUGCACCACGGUACAACUCCAGAGAUUCUAUCUGGUUCUUCUUGCAAACCAUUCAGGACUAUGUGAAUCUGGCGCCGGAAGGCCUGGACCUGCUCAAAGUCAAAGUACCACGACGUUUCCUCCCCUACGAUGACACCUGGUUCCCAACGAAAGAUGCUCGCGCGUAUUCCAAGGAGAGCACAAUUGAGGAGGUCAUCCAAGAGGCUCUUCAGAGACAUGCGACUGGCAUGAAGUACCGCGAAGCCAAUGCCGGACCUCAGAUCGACUCGCAAAUGAAGGACGAGGGUUUCAACCAAAGCAUCCAUGUGGACUGGACGACAGGCAUCAUCUUUGGUGGUAACCAGUCUAACUGCGGCACAUGGAUGGACAAGAUGGGUGAAAGUGAGCGUGCCGGUUCCAAGGGUGUUCCUGGGACGCCUCGCGAUGGCGCCGCCAUUGAAAUUACUGGGCUGCUUUACAGCACUGUCAAGUGGCUGGCUGGUCUACACAAGAAUGGCAAGUUCGCUCACGAGGGCGUGAAGAAGUCAGACAAUGGACCGGUGUCUUAUGCCAAAUGGGCUGAGCUGCUCAAGAGCAACUUUGAGCGCUGCUACUACGUUCCUCUCUCUCCAAGCGAUGACAGCAAGUACGAUGUGAAUCCCAAGGUUGUCAACCGCCGUGGAAUGUACAAGGAUCUGUACAAGUCUGGCAAGGAAUAUGAAGACUACCAGUUGCGCGCCAACUUCCCCAUCGCCAUGACGGUUGCGUCAGACCUGUUCGAUAAGGACCAUGCCCUGCAGGCGCUGUGUCUGGCGGAUCGCGUGCUGCGUGGACCAACGGGCAUGGCAACGCUGGACCCAAGCGACCUGAACUACCGGCCGUACUACAGGAACAGCGAAGACAGCGACGACUUCGCGACGAGCAAGGGCCGCAACUACCACCAGGGACCGGAAUGGCUGUGGCCGACAGGCUUUUUCUUGCGUGCGCUGCUCAAAUUUGACCUGGCGCGGCGCCCGACGGCCGAGGGCCGGAUCGAGGCGUUCCAGCAGGUGACAAGGCGGCUGGCAGAGUGCAAAAAGAUGAUUCGGGAGUCGCCCUGGGCGGGCUUGACGGAGCUGACGCAGAAGAAUGGAGAGCAUUGCCCCGACUCGAGUCCUACGCAAGCGUGGUCUGCGGGCUGCUUGAUUGAUUUGUACAUGGAUGCGCUGGAGGAGGCAGGACAACAGUAA